AUGGCUGUCGAUGCAUUGGUCCCCAAUGACCCUCGGGUUGAACAUAAGUUCAAGUCCUUUGGAGAUAUCAAAUACUACUACAUACUGGCUAAGCCGCAGGGCAAGCCUGUUGCUACUGUUCUCCUUACUCAUGGCUGGCCAGACCUAGGUUUUGGAUGGAGAUACCAAGUUCCUUACCUGCUAUCUCUGAACUUGCAGGUUAUUGUCCCGGAUAUGCUGGGGUAUGGGCAAACAUCUGCCCCUGAUGCUCCCGAGGAGUACAGCUUUAAGAAAAUGACCGCUCAAAUUGCGGCUAUCGUUAAGGAUCACACCGAUGAGCCUAUCAUUCUUGGUGGUCACGAUUGGGGCGCGGCUUUCGCUUGGCGCUUGGUUAAUUACUAUCCGGAGCUGAUCCGCGGAGUUUUUAGCUUAUGCGUACCUUACACGCCGCCGUCGCCGGUCAAAUACUCGCUGGAAGACUUCGUCAAAAGGCUGCCGAACUUCACAUACCAGCUACAACUGGCCAGCCCUGUCGCAGAAAAUAUCGUCAACAAGUCGCCGGCGCACCUCCGGGGAUUUAUCAACGGCGUUUUUGGCGGCCUGACGCCGGAAGGCGAACCUGCCUUCAAGGUCUCUGUAGGCGUCAUCGAGGAAAACCUAGAAAGGAUUCAGCCGUCCCCGCUGCUCAGCCCGGAGACCAUCGACUUCUACGUCCAGGAGUACUCGCGCCACGGCCUUCACGGCCCAUGUAACUGGUACCGUACCACCGGCCUCCGCGGCGAGGACGAUGAGGAGCUUGCGAAUAAGAUCGAUGGCAAGAUCAAGGUACCGGCAAUGCUGGUCAUGGCCGAGAAAGACGCUGCGCUCCCGCCGCAGAUGGCGCAGGGCCAGGAGAAGCACUUUGAGGCGGGACUUAAGCAGGAACUUGUUCCCGGCUCGGGCCACUGGGUCCAAGCCCAAUGCCCUGAGGUAGUUAAUAAGUACAUUGGGGAGUUCAUCAAGAGCGUGCUGGGGGAUGAACUUAAGGCCUCGCUGUAA